UCGACAAAGAGCCAGCCUCCAGUUUCUCUCUCUCUCUCUCUCUCUCUCGCUCGCUUCCUCAAACAGCUGCACAGCAUCAAUGUGAAUGAGCGCAUCUCGUACAUCCUCAGCCUCGCAGCUGAUCCAGCCCUGGGAGACGUGGCUGUAAAUCAAAUAUCAAUGGACGUGUCCUGCCGCUCCAGUUCGGAAUUAACAAUGUUGUAAAAAAAAAAAAAAAAAAAAGAAAAGAAAAGUUUCUCGUGGACACGGAACGUGUUCAGUUUUCUUUCAGCAAAGAAGUUGCGCCCGGCCGCAUUUCUCUUUAUCGGCUUCCUCCGUUCUUACUCGAGUUUGAUCUAAAUUCAAAGCUCCAUGGAUGCUGGCUCCGACGGGAUGCUUCUGAAAUGCCACGCCAGGAAUCUGCAGCUCCAAGUGGUGCUCAAUCCGAGCAAGAUCAAAGCACAAAGGCGAAGGAGAAAGCAGUUCUUUCUGUGGCAAAUCUGUUUCGUGGGAUUAUUGCUGAUGGUAGUAUCCUGCUUGUCACGUUCGACUCAGAAUUCAGGUUAUGACAUUCUGUACGACACUACUGAGGACGGUGACCGCUGGAGUGGGCGGAGACUCAUGCAUGAAGUUGACGUCAAUGACACAGAGAAAGAAAGGAAGAGAAACUGCACGGCGCCAGCUCUUCAUGAGUUUCCCACAGAUGUGUUCUCACAAAAAGACAGGCGCGGAGGAGCAGUGGCACUGCACGUCUUUUGUGCUAUGUAUAUGUUCUAUGCUCUAGCCAUUGUUUGUGAUGACUACUUUGUGCCCUCACUAGACAAGAUUUGUGAACGGUUGCAUCUCAGUCAAGAUGUAGCUGGGGCUACUUUCAUGGCAGCAGGAAGUUCAGCUCCAGAGCUGUUUACCUCAGUUAUCGGAGUGUUUAUCACCAAGGGAGAUGUAGGCGUUGGCACCAUUGUCGGGUCUGCAGUGUUCAAUGUUCUCUGUAUAAUUGGAGUCUGUGGGCUGUUUGCAGGGCAGGCUGUACCGCUGUCAUGCUGGACCUUGAUUCGAGAUUCAGUUUACUACACCCUGUCUGUGGUGGCUCUCAUUGUGUUUAUUCAUGAUGAAACAAUUUCAUGGUGGGAGUCUCUGAUCUUAAUAGUGAUGUACAUGGUGUAUAUCCUAAUCAUGAAGUUUAACUCCAGGGCACAACGCUACUUUGACCGCAGGAAGAAAAGCACUGUCAAUAUGGCCAACGGGUCAGCAAACAAUGCGGAGAUUGAUGACAGCAGCAACUGUGAAGCCACUAUGGUGUUACUGAAGAAAGCUAAUUUCCAUCGCAAGCCAUCAGUCCUGAUGGUUGAUGAGCUGCUCUCUGCCUAUCCUCACCAGCUCACCUUCUCUGAGGCUGGCCUCCGGAUCAUGAUUACCAGCCACUUUCCACCACGGACCCGGUUGACCAUGGCAAGCCGCAUGCUUAUCACUGAGAGGCAAAGACUGAUACACAACAGAUCUUUUACUAAUGGAGAUUCUGAAGUGGCUGUCAGAAUACCUAGCAAGCACGGUCUUGAAAAUGGACUUGGUAUGGCUGGUUCCUCAGAGCGAGGAAUGAACAACAGACAUGGUGAUAAUGUAGGUAUUGAGGCAGGGAAUGAGACAGAGAAUGAAAAUGAAGACAAUGAGAACAAUGAAAAUGAUGAAGAGGAAGAAGAAGAGGAUGAUAAUGAAGGACCUUUACUUCCUUUUGAAAUUCCUGCGGGUAAAUGUAACAAGCUAAAAUGGAUUAUCGCCUGGCCUCUGUCUCUUCUGCUGUUUUUCACCGUGCCAAAUUGUGCAUCACCAAGAUGGGAAAAGUGGUUCAUGGUCACGUUUGCUUCAUCUACAAUGUGGAUCGCAUGCUUCUCCUACGUCAUGGUUUGGAUGGUGACUAUUAUUGGCUUCACACUGGGAAUUCCAGACGUCAUAAUGGGAAUCACAUUUCUUGCAGCAGGGACUAGCGUUCCAGACUGCAUGGCAAGCCUCAUUGUGGCACGGCAGGGUUUGGGCGAUAUGGCUGUCUCCAACUCCAUCGGUAGUAAUGUAUUUGAUAUUUUAGUGGGCCUGGGACUACCUUGGGCUUUACAAACUCUGGCAAUUGAUUAUGGAUCUUAUAUUCAUCUAAGCAGCAGAGGCCUUGUGUUUUCUGUUGGGCUGCUGUUAGCAUCAGUUUUUCUUACAGUGCUGGGGGUCCACCUCAACAAAUGGAAGCUAGACAGGAAGCUGGGGCUGAUGUGCCUUUCCCUGUAUGCCGUCUUCUUGUGUUUCUCCAUCUUGAUUGAGUUCAACGUCUUCACUUUUGUGAACUUGCCGAUGUGCCAGGAGCGCUGAUCACCCAGCAGGCAUGGAUUUUUUUUUUCUCCCCUUUGGACCGAACAAAGCAAACAACUCUUUGAUUCCUACAGUGCAAUAUGAAGAAAACGUGUGUUUGUAACAAGUACGUGCUGCGAUGAGUACAGUAUGUGGUUAUUUAUAUAGAGAUGAACAUGCGCACACGUGCUGCACACACCAGAGAAGCCAGAAGGCGUACCCUUUUGAUUGUUUGAAAAUGCACAUUCACAGCCAAUACAAAGAUACUGAAUUAUUGCCUGCGCUGAUGUGAAACAGUUUAUUUUCAAUUUUUGUAUGUGAUUCUCAACCUGACUUUGGAAAUGGAUUGUGGCGACGCAAGUAUCAUUAGCUGCUAACCAGCAGGCCGCUGGACAGGAAAGAAAUGUCGAGGGAUCAGUCUGUUUCUUCUCGGCCCCUUCUUCAUUUGUGUACCUUUUCUCCUGGGAAGGAUUCAUUUUCUUGUGGCACAGUUAACUUGAUAAAAGACACCAGUGACCUGCCAUUCUGAGCUGAACAUUCGGAGCCACACUUUUUUCGGUCCUUGGCGUGGGAGGCUAAGGUAUGGUUUUCUGUCAUCCACUUUGGUGUUCUUCCUCUGAUUCUGGAGUCAUCUUCACAAACGAGAGGACAAUUGUACAUACUGACUCUUUAACUUUUAGAACGACAUUCAUUUCACAAAAGGCUUUCCUCUGAGGGUGGAGUCCGUGCACCUUUGCAUGCAACAUAGAUUUUUAGAGUUGCUGCAUUUAUUCCCAAGUUUACUUUUUCAGUUCAUGCUAGAAGAUGGUGAAAUAGAUGUGAUGAAUUAAAAUGUGUGAAAUAGUUUGUACUAAAAACUUUAGUUUAACUUUAUCUCGGCAGCAGGCAGCCUGCUUUAGUACACGGCUGAGGACAGUUCCCAUCCUUGUGGCACAACAUACUAUCUUCUCAAAACACUUUCACAUGCUGAAGACCCUGGUUAACUGAAACGUCUAAGCUCCUUAUCGAGAGGGCUUUCUGUAUUUCCAAUUUAUAAUUCUAAGCCUACAUGGCUACAAAGGUGAGGCAGCUAAUCUCAACUUCUUUCACGUGUGUUUAGAUCUCUGGUUCUGCAUGUUCUUAUAACAUGUACUGCAUAACGGCAGAUAACAAGCACUUUUAUAAACUGCUUCCACCAGCAGCUAAGUUCAUACACAUCAACGGACUGUUCAGAGCACAAAGAAUAAUUAAACCAAAUGGUAAAUAACUGCCAGAUUCAGUUUGCUGUUCCUAACCCUCUAUGGCAUAGCCGACGGCAGUGAGAAGACUGUUAAAAUAUCACCUUUCUAUCUAAUGUCAUGCACUGUAUAUCUGAAAGGGCUCUUUUUAUUAAGCCUACAUUUCCCAGAGUGCCCUGAGCAGGUUAGCAUUGCCAUCUUAAUCUAAGCCUUAAAUUAAUGAGCAUCAAUUACCAAACAAAAGACCGGAACUGGCCUGGAGUCACGGGAGCCUGCAAGAGCAAAGAAGCCAAAUGAAUGAUGCUUACAAAUGAGCAGGAGGGCUUCCAUUUGUUUGCUCCCAGUUUCAGAGGUUCAUUUUGGCCCACGGGGCAGCCAUCAUUACGUAAAUCACACUGUCUUUUAUGUGUCCAUGCACAGUGAGGUCAAGCGCACCCUAAGCACCCUUCUCUUUGCACAGUGUAUGUUACUCCGAGUCUCUUCUUUCACCCAGUAUGUCCUAAAAGAGUUGCUGUUGUCGUCUUGCAGGCACUUUGAUAGGAGAAAAUUACAACAACUGAGAGUGCAAGUGAGAUUAGACAGUUACGUAA